CCGUUAGAUUUGAUGAAAUCACAGUGUCCAGUGAACCGCCUCUGGUAGCUGAUCAGAGAAGCCCCUUUCAUAAAAUUCAGAGAGUUGAAUUGGAUCGAUUGGGAAGGUUCUUACAAUGGUGGAAGAGAAGGCAACCAAUGUAUCAGGCAUUGAGGGCGAGGACGAGGACGAUGAAGAACCCGGGGAGGUAAUCGAAUCAGCACCGCCUCUCAAGGUCGGUGAUGAGAGAGAAAUCAACUCCUCUGGUAUCAAGAAGAAGCUCCUCAAGAGUGGUCUAGGUUGGGAUACCCCUGAGUUCGGCGACGAAGUCACUGUUCACUAUGUUGGUACUUUACUUGAUGGAACCAAGUUCGAUUCCACUAGUGAUCAAGAUAAACCUUUCAAUUUCAAGCUUGGCCAAGGUCAAGUGGUUACUGGAUUGGACCAUGCAAUCAUUACCAUGAAGAAGGGGGAGACGGCAUUGUUCACGCUGCCCCCAGAAUUGGGUUAUGGAGCCACAGGCACAAAUGGUGUCCCUCCCAAUUGUGUUAUUCAGUUUGAAGUGGAUCUCAUCUCAUGGAUCACAGUAGCAGAUGUUUGCAAGGAUGGUGGAAUUAUCAAGAAAGUUAUGGAGAAGGGAGAACAAAUUGGCCCACCUGGUGAUUUAGAUGAAGUUCUCGUGAAGUAUCAGGUGAGGCUGGAUGAUGGUGCUAUAGUUGCAACAACACCAGAAGAAGGAGUCGAAUUUCAUGUGAAAGAUGGCCAUUUUUGUCCAGCACUGCCAAAAGCACUCAAGACCAUGAGAAGGGGAGAGAAGGUCAAUCUAAUUAUUCAACCUAAGUAUGCUUUUGGAGAGAGUGGUAACAAUUCUAAAAAUGAAUUUCCUUUGAUACCACCAAAUGCUGUAUUAAACAUUGAUCUGGAGCUGGUGUCAUUCAAGCCUGUCAUUAAUGUUACUGAUGAUUCCAAGGUAAUGAAGAAGAUUUUGAAAGAAGGGGAAGGCACUCUCACUGCAAAUGACGGAGCAGCUGUUACCAUUAGGUAUACAGCCAUGCUAGAAGAUGGCACUGUGUUUGAGAAGAAAGGAUUUGAAGAAGGGCCAUUGGAGUUCAUUACAGAUGAAGAACAAGUAAUUGCUGGAUUGGACUUAGCAGCAGCAACAAUGAAGAAGAGGGAGCAGGCAAUAUUGACAAUUGCUUCUGAAUAUGGAUUUGGCGGCACAGAAGCUAAGCGUGAUCUCGCUGUAGUUCCACCAAAUUCAACUAUAGUCUAUGAAGUUGAAAUGUUGGAUUUUGUAAAGGAGAAAGCACCAUGGGAAAUGAGUAAUCCAGAGAAAAUUGAGGCAGCAGAGAGGAAGAAAGAAGAAGGCAAUAUACUCUUUAAAAAUAGAAAGUACCAAAGAGCUGGCAAAAAAUAUGACAAGGCAGCUGACUAUGUUAGUGAAGAUGUUUCCUUUGGAGAUGAUGAUCAAAAGCUAGUCAAAGCAUUAAGAGUGUCAUGCUGGCUAAAUGGUGCAGCUUGCAGCCUCAAGCUGAAUGAUUUCCAUGAAGCAAUCAAGCUGUGUUCUAAGGUCCUAGAUGUGGAGUUCCAUAAUAUAAAAGCUUUGUAUCGGCGAGCGCAAGCUUAUAUGGAAAUUGCAGAUUUAGACUUGGCUGAAUUGGACAUCAAGAAGGCCCUGGAGGCUGAUUCUCAGAACAGGGAGCUUAAGUUGAUCCAGAAGAAUUUGAAACAACGUCAAGCUGAGAGCAAUAAGAGAGACGCAAAGCUCUACUCGAACAUGUUUUCUCGUAUGACAAAGGACUCUUCUGUGGCUACUACUAAGAGAUUGAAGAUUGAGGAGGUUGUAGAUAAUAAGAGAGAUGAAGAGAUUAUGGCAAUGGAAACGGAAAAUGUUUCCGUGAGUUCAGCACCCCCUCCUGACAAUGAAAUGGUCAUUGAUUCUUCUUGAUAUAUAUAUAUAUAUAUAUAUUUAUAAUUUCUGUAAUACAUAUUUCUGUAAAAUAACCGCUAAAAGGCAAGAGGAAUGUAUAUUUUAGGGAUAUAGAAAGUAUACUUUAUUUUCGGGUCAACUGAGAUGUGGAGAUAGGUACCAAAUCCAUGUCUAUCUUCCCCAAUUAAGUGGAAAAUACUCGCUACCUGAGUAACUGCUGUUUGUUUGGUUGUUUCGUUUUCUGUUUUCAUUUUUAAAAAGCACAGAAAAAUUAUUUUGGCGAA